GUCGAGAUAAAUAAUACCACGACUCGUGUGGAGCUGGCACACAUCCCCUUGCCUUUGGAUACCCCCGUGCUUCACCUCUCAGAGUCCUGCAGUAUGCCUUCUGAACAGGUCUUCCAGCUCGCCACUGCCCACAAGACCGUGAACGGCGCGGUCACAGAGGCCCUCGCCACCGACCCCAAAGCGAGGAUCCUCGACAUCGCGUACAAGGUCUUCCCUGAGAAGCCAGAAACAUCAUCACGCUCAAAGAAGCUACGCAUACACGACGAUUUUACCAAAGAGGAGCUGGACGCUGUCGAGAAAUGCGGACAGUUUCCCUACAGGCCGAGUGACCUAUUCUUAAAGAUUUACAGCAACGUCCUUGAUACCCUUGAACAUGGCCCGCUUAAGAACAUGUGCUCUCCGUCCCUCAUGGGAUCCUCUGGCGUCAUACCCAUGUCGAUCAUCUCCUUGGUCCCUGAUAUCAUGCGUUACUACAAGGAGCUAAUCAUCAGCGCGAAACACGAAGUGUUUCUCGCCACGAACUACUGGGAGCCAAGCUGGGGCUCGCAUUUCAUCCAUGACGGACUCAUCGAGCUCUCAAAUCGCUGCCGCGACCUCCCCGCCAACGAACGUCCCGUCGUGAAACUCAUCUUCGACCGUGGCAGCCUCAAGCAAGUGGCCAAGAACCACCAACGCGUCGACCCAUCCGACUGGGCGGGCCUCGGCCUGCCCGCCAAGGAGGAGCUCGGCGGCAUUCACUUGGAGGUCAUGAACUACCACCGGCCGAUCAUGGGCACCUUCCACGCCAAGUACAUGGUCAUCGACCGGCGCGUCGCGUGCCUGUCGUCGAACAACAUCCAGGACCGCGUGAACCUCGAGCUGAACGUGCACCUCGAGGGCGCGAUCGUCGAGGCGUUCUACGACAUGGCGCUCCUCAGCUGGGCCGAGGUGAUGGACCCGCCGCUGCCGUCGCUGCUCAACCCCGCGCUCAGCCAGGAGCGCGCGGGCGCGGGCGACUGCUUCGACGAGGCGCAGCGCAUGAAGGAGCAGCUGAUCAGGAACAGCGCGGACGCGCUGCCGGGGCACCCUGACACGUCGAACACGGACCGGGCGGACGCAAACACGACGGGCCAGCCGUCGCCGUCGCCGUCUCCUUCUCCGUCUCCACAGCCACAGGGCGAUGGCGCCGCCGCCGUGGACGGGGAGGAGACCACGCACAAUCCCGUCAAGCGCGAGCACGAGAAGAAGGCUGAGAAGAAGCAGGCCAAGGAGCGGCCGAAGCCGAUGACGGACUUUACGCUCAUCAGGGCCGAGGGCUUCGAGCCGUUCGUCGUGCAUGAGCGGCACGACCCGGUGCCCAUCGCCAUGGUCAACCGCGCGCCGCACGGAACGCCGGGACACGCGGACGUCGACGUGCCCCAGAACGUCGCCUGGGAGACCGGCAUCCGUCUCGCGCAGAAGAGCGUGUUCAUCCAAACGCCGGACUUCAACGCGCCCGAGGUCGUCGAGGCCGUGCUGGACGCGUGCCGGCGGGGCAUCGUGUGCACGCUGUACGUCUGCCUCGGGUACAACGAUCAGGGUGAGAUGCUGCCGAUGCAGGGCGGGACGAACAGCAAGGUAUUCGCCAAGAUGUGCGACGUGCUGAGCAAGGAGGGCGAGUCCUCCGGCCAGGACCUCCGCCAGAACCUGCGCGCGUCCUGGUACACGGCCAAGGACCGCGACCGACCGGUCGACGCGAGCAAGAAGGAGCGGAACUGCCACGUCAAGUUCUGCUGCAUCGACGAGCAGGUGACGAUCCUCGGGAACGGGAACCAGGACGCCCAGAGCUGGUACCACUCGCAGGAGGCGAACGUGAUGGUCGACUCGCCCGCGCUCGCGCGCGAGUGGCUCCGGGCGCUGAACCACAACCAGAACUCGGCCACGCUCGGCCCCGUCGGGCGCGACGGCGUGUGGCGCGACGCGGACGGCAACGAGGUCGCGAGCAGUGGCGGCAUGGGUGGCCCCCUGAACGUCGCCAAGGGCAUGCUCAACGCCGUCGCGCGUGUGCAGGGCAAGGGCGGGUUCUGAGGCUGGACUAACGUGGGUGUAUGUCAGGACUGUGCUUGAAUUAUGUGUAACGUGCUGUAUACUCGGUGUGUGUAAAGUUUUUAUUCCUGGAGCAAUGGAGGGAACGCGGCUUGUGUUUUU